GACUGUCGAGCUGGUGAGACUGGUGACUGUUCACUGCUGUUAGUAUAGUAGCUAGCUACUGUAGCUUGAGACUGAGAAAAUUGAAUAAAAGAAUGGCAGAUAUAGUUACAGCUGGAGAACAACUGACUGUCAUAGAAUCAGUUCCUCUAUUAGAUCCAAUAGCUUCUAAUGUUGAUCUUCAACCAUCAGCCCCCAAUCUCAACCAGAGUGUUGAAAUUGUAGAAACACCUUAUGGUAACGUAACAGUCACACUACAAGGUGAUUCCAAGAAACCUGCCAUUGUUACUUAUCAUGAUGUUGGAAUGAAUCACAGCUCUUGUUUUAAUACGUUCAUGAGUGAUGAAAGUAUGACAGAACUAUUACCACUCUUCUACUGGAUACACAUUGAUGCACCAGGACAAGAAGACGGAGCAGUGACGUUUCCUGAUGAUUACGUUUACCCCACUGUGAAUGAGCUGGCAGAACAAGUCGCCAUAAUUGUUGAAUAUUUGCAUUUAAGUCAUUUCAUUGGGUUCGGUGUAGGAGCUGGAGCUAACAUAUUAACAAGAUAUGCCAUACUGAGUCCUGAUAGAGUACGGGGUCUAGUUCUUGUUGAUUUCUCAACUGAUUCCCUACACUGGGACAAUCUUUCUUACUAUACCAACAAACUUGCAGUUUGGUUAUUAAAGACAAACAAGCUUCCAGAAAAAGUUGAAAAUUAUCUCAGGAGUCAUUCAUUCACCACUAACUCCAAGUCUGAUCAAAGUGAUGUUUCUGCUACUUAUCAUCACUACUAUCAGAAGCAAAACACUGAUAAUGUCCGCCUUCUCUUAGACUCUUACUCAAGGCGAUCAGCAAUUUACACUGAUAUGGUGGAAGAAACGGUUGCACAGAGCCCUUGUCAGUGGCUUUUCAUAAUGAGUCAGCCACAAGCGGAAAAUAAUGUGUCUGAAUUCAAAGGAUUGCUGGAUCCAACUAAGUGCACUGUUCUUGAACUGUAUGAGACUAAUCAGCUAGUACUGGAGGAACAGCCUCAGAAAGUGGCUACCAGUUUCCGUUUGUUUCUCCAGGGACUAGGCCAUGCCGUUACACUUGGAGUGAGGCAGAGACUCUCUUCAGGAUCAACUGAUCUUAAAGGCGUGACUGUCACCACUCAGCAAGAAUAACUGAGCCAGAGGCAUAUAUCAUUAUCUUAUAACACUGAUUUCAAUAACAUAUACCGGUAUAUUGUUUAUUACUCCUGCUGUGAAGUAUUAUUGUAUAUUGUUAUAACUCAUUACUCUAUUUGUAUAGUCACUAA